CUUGCAUGGGAUCAGGCCAGCAGGAGAUUUGUGUGGGUCUAUUUCGCAGCCGGCAGGGGCCGGGCAGCCUUCAGUCUAGCAUGAGACAGCCGAGGGUGAGCACCUGAGUUUUCACACACUAAAGGUGCCGCAGUGGAGAACGCACUCCGGGAAUAACACCAACCGAGGCAGCGGGAUAGCGACAACCACCACCAUGCACCAGUUCACUUACCUGCACGAGGUGCGCAAGGAGAAGUAUGAGCGCUCCGAUGUCUUCGAGGAACCAUACGGCCCUGACGCGUCUGCGGGCGCCUCGGCCAUCCAGGGCUGGGAGAGCCUGCAGGAACUUAACAGCCGCUUCGCCCGCUACAUCAACCGGGCACGCGUGCUGGAGCAGCGCAAUGCCGUGUUUCGCAAACAGCUAGAGACGCUGCAGCGGAUGGAGGAGGCUAGCGGGCUCGAGGAGGCCUUUACCGAACAGAUCGGCCUGAACCGGCAGCGCAUCCGCGAGCUCUCCGCUGACCGUGGCAAGCUUGAGCGCGAGCUGAAGGACUCAUGCCGCAUGCUGGACGAGUUCACCAACAAGUAAGUGAUGUUCGUGCUUUUGAAGGUGUGGGUGCGUGUGUUUGUGUGCGUGCGUGCGUCAGUAGGGCUAGUGUGUUUUUGAAACUGAUGUGUGGGUCAGAGAGAAGGAAAGUGCGCAUGGGCCACCGCCUGUGCGUAAACAGUGCAGUGGUGAGGUGCCCUUCUCUAGACCAGAUGCAGUGUAAACGGUUUGUAUGCUGGUGAAGGCUGCGUUUCCCAGAUAAUCUGACUGUACCACUGUGAUACAUUGUCCACCUGUUGAAAGUCUGUCUUCAAUAAAGGGGUUUAUUGUCAUGGAAAUGAGCAUGUGAUGUGAGUUCAGUCAUGGUAAGUGUCAUGGAUUUCUACCUUCUAACACCAAGACAGUACUCAGAGGAAUGCUGCACAGGUGGUUGUGUGCUGAAAAAAGACAACCAACAGCCCUUUCAAGUGCUCUCAGGGGUAGGCAGGUUGAUUAAGGACAAUGAAGAGUUAAUAAAAACGAAAAAAAUAUGUUUUAUUGUCACAUGGAUAGGUGCAGUGACAUGUUUUGUUUUACAGACAUUGUAAAGUCAGAAAAGCCUAUAGAGAAAAAUGGAUCCUCUCAAUGUGCUCAAUACACAAACUCAUGUAAAUGACAGAGCAAUACAAGGUAGGCCACACAUAAAUGUGGAAUUCCUGAAUUUAUGUUUUGUGAUUAUGUUUUUGUCCUCCAAAGAUACAGAAACGAAUGUGAGUAUCAAGAACAGCUGCGAGGUACAUUGGAACAACUCAACAAGGUAUGUGUGUGAGUCCUAUGACAAUUUCCUCUGUUUAAAUUAAGGUAAAAACCUAAAUUAAGCCUAGUCCUGACUUAAAAUAAUUUUAUGGACAUUCUCCAUUGAACUUGGUUUUUAGUCAAGGACUAGGCCUAAUCUGUUCACGGGAAACCACCCCAUAUGUUAAACUGUAAUACAACUGCUAAACUGUCAUGCUGCAUUGUUAGCGGCCUAACCAUAAAAAAGUGGUUGUGAACUCAACUUGUGAGUAGAGUUUUCUGCAUACCACCUGUGCAUGAAAGGGACUUUGCAAUGCGGCACAACAAAAAAUAUGUAAUAAAUAAUCUGUCUGGUCAAUAAUCUACAAGCUUUGUCCAGAGUGGUACAACCACAAUUAUGUGGUCCUCUGUAGCUCAAUUGGUAGAGCAUGGUGCUUGUAACGCCAGGGUAGUGGGUUCGAUCCCCAGGACACCCCAUACGAAAAAAUUUAUGCACACAUGACUGUAAGUCGCUUUGGAUAAAAGCGUCUGCUAAAUGGCAUAUUAUUAUUAUAUUAUUAUUAUAUAAUUUAACUGCAAUCCUGAUAGGACUUUGGGUCUGAGAGACAAAGUUUAUGAGAUCAGGACAAUACAGUGAGAUGAUGGAACUGAAUUAAAAUUGCUUCUCAUAUCUCUAUCUUUCUGGGUUAGUGUAAUCAAAGCAAUUGAUCUCAGAGGCUUUAGACAUAAUGAAGGAAUGUACUAGUGAAGAAAAGGCUUUGUGUGGUGUUCAGAUGAAUAAUAACCGCAAUGUAAUACUUUGUGAGGCUUUAUGAGGAGUGGAUAUCUACCUAUCGACUCGCCUCUCUCUCCUCUCUUUUGCUCCCAUCUUCUUCUCUUCUCUUCUUUUAUCUCCUCUCCUCUCCUCUCCUCUCCUCUCCUCUCCUAGGAGGCUGACUAUGCCCUGCUGAGGAACCUGGAGUUUCAGAUCCAGUCCCAGUUCCUUCAGGAUGACAUCAACUCCACCAAAGACAGACACAGGAAGGUAAGAGGUGUCCAACUUACACAUCAUCUGCAAUCUAUUACAAACUCAUUCUGCCUUAAUAUUGUACAUUCAUACACUUGGCCCUAGGGGAAGUAUUUUAGGUCAGUGGAGUGUACUAAUAAUUUAAAAAAAUAUUUAUUGCAAAAGAAACCGGUACAAUGUGCGUGCAUAGCAUAUUCCCUUUUCAACCUACAGAUGUAGGAUCUUAAUUUGACCAGUUUCGUAACAGGAGUAAAAUAAUCCUGCAGCAGGAGGAUUUGAUUUGAUUUUUUUUUUUAUCAUAUUUUCUAACGGGAAAUUCGUUUUCAUAGGCUACAGUAGGCUACAGUGAGGGAAAAAAGUAUUUGAUCCCCUGCUGAUUUUGUACGUAUGCCCACUGACAAAGAAAUGAUCAGUCUAUAAUUUUAAUGGUAGGUUUAUUUGAACAGUGAGAGACAGAAUAACAACAACAAAAUCCAGAAAAACCCUUGUCAAAAAUGUUAUAAAUUGAAUUGCAUUUUAAUGAGGGAAAUAAGUAUUUGACCCCCUCACAAUAUGAAAGAUUUCUGGCUCCCAGAUGUAUUUUAUACAGGUAACGAGUUGAGAUUAGGAGCACCUCUUAAAGGGAGUGCUCCUAAUCUCAGUUUAUUACCUGUAUACAAGACACCAGUCCACAGAAGCAAUCAAUCAAUCAGAUUCCAAACUCUCCAUCAUGGCCAAGACCAAAGAGCUCUCCAAGGAUGUCAGGGACAAGAUUGUAGACCUACACAAGGCUGGAAUGGGCUACAAGACCAUCGCCAAGCAGCUUGGUGAGAAGGUGACAACAGUUGGUGCGAUUAUUCGCAAAUGUAAGAAACACAAAAUAACUGUCAAUCUCCCUCGGGCUGGGGCUCCAUUCAAGAUCUCACCUCGUGGAGUUGCAAUGAUCAUGAGAACGGUGAGGAAUCAGCCUAGAACUACACGGGAGGAUCUUGUCAAUGAUCUCAAGGCAGCUGGGACCAUAGUCCCCAAGAAAACAAUUGGUAACAUGCUACGCCGUGAAGGACUGAAAUCCUGCAGUGCGCGCAAGGUCCCCCUGCUCAAGAAAGCACAUAUACAGGCCCGUCUGAAGUUUGCCAAUGAACAUCUGAAUGAUUCAGAGGAGAACUGGGUGAAAGUGUUGUGGUCAGAUGAGACCAAAAUCGAGCUCUUUGGCAUUUUGCCACCGUCAAACAUGGAGGUGGAAACAUUAUGCUUUCGGGGUGUUUUUCUGCUAAGGGGAGAGGACAACUUCACCGCAUCAAAGGGACGAUGGACGGGGCCAUGUACCGUCAAAUCUUGGGUGAGAACCUCCUUCCCUCAGCUAGGGCAUUAAAAAUGGGUUGUGGAUGGGUAUUCCAGCAUGACAAUGACCCAAAACACACGGCCAAGGCAACAAAGGAGUGGCUCAAGAAGAAGCACAUUAAGGUCCUGGAGUGGCCUAGCCAAUCUCCAGACCUUAAUCCCAUAGAAAAUCUGUGGAGGGAGCUGAAGGUUCGAGUUGCCAAACGUCAGCCUCGAAACCUUUAAUGACUUGAAGAAGAUCUGCAAAGAGGAGUGGGACAAAAUCCCCCCUGAGAUGUGUGCAAACCUGGUGGCCAACUACAAGAAACGUCUGACCUCUGUGAUUGCCAACAAGGGUUUUGCCACCAAGUACUAAGUCAUGUUUUGCAGAGGGGUCAAAUACUUAUUUCCAUCAUUAAAAUACAACAUUUUUUACAUGUUUUUUUCUGGAUUUUUGUUGUUGUUAUUUUGUCUCUCACUGUUCAAAUAAAUCUACCAUUAAAAUUAUAGACUGAUCAUGUCUUUGUCAGUGGGCAAACGUACAAAAUCAGCAGGGGAUCAAAUACUUUUUUCCCUCACUGUAUUAGGUGUAGCCUACCGCUGCAUUUCGGAUACACUUGUAUGUCGUAGUGGAGACCAAUACACUGCCUUCUAUAUGUAUUUGGACAGUGAAGCUACAACUUUUAAUUUGGCUCUAUAUUCCAGCUUUUUGGAUUUGAGAUCACUUUAUGUAUAUAGUCCCCCCAUUUUAAGGUGUCAUAAGUAUUUGGACAAAUUUACUCAUAGUGUAUUAAAAUAGUCAAAAGUGUAGUAUUUGGUCCCACAUUCCUAGCACGCAAUGACUACAUCAAGCUUGUGACUCUACAAACUUGUUGGAUGCAUUUGCAGUUAGUUUGGGUUGUGUUUUGGAUUAUGUUGUGCCAAAUAGAAAUGAAUGGUAAAUAGUGUAUUGUGUCAUUUUGGACUCACUUUUAUUGUAAAUAAGAAUAUAAUAUGUUUCUGAACACAUCUACAUUCAUGUGAAUGCUACUAUGAUCACGGAUAAUCAUGAAUGAAUCGUAAAUAACGAUAAGUGAGAAGGUUAGAGGCACAAAGAUCAUUCUGCCAAACCAUGCUAGCCUCUCACCAUUACCAAUAACAGGGAGGUUAGCAUUUUUGGGUGGUAUGAUAUUUAUCCCUCUGUAACUUUCUCACAAAGUAAAAAUCCAAAUGCUGGAGUAUAGAGCCAAAUUAAAAGUUUUAGCUUCACUGUCCCAAUAUAUAAAGAGAGGAGUGUAUUUAUUUUGUGUUAUUAAGCUAUAUAAAACUACAAUUGUUGAUGUGUAUGUUACGAAUUUGCAAAACGUAUGAUAUGUUAUGAAUUCCAAUUUUGUUGUGGCUAACGUUAGCUAGGUGGCUAACGUUAGCUAGGCUAGUGGUUAGGGUUAGGGGGUUAAGGUUAGGAGUUAUGUUAAAGGGUUAACGUUAGGGGAAGGGUUAGCUAACAUGCUAAGCAGUUGUAAAGUAGUUAAAAAGUAGUAAGUAGUUGCUAAAGUUGUCCGUGAUGAGAUUCAAACAUGCAACCUUUGGGAUGCUAGACGUUCGUGUUAUAUGGCCACCCAUCCACCCCGACCAAACAACCUUACUUUCGUUUUUGCCUUAAGUAAUCUUCUGUCUUAUGUAACCAUACCAAACGUAGCAUACUGUAUAAUACUAAUUUAAGUGUCCCACAUUUACAUUUACUAUGUUAUGUCUAGUCUAUGAGACAAGGCUGGCAUUUCAGACAAAACAUUUUACAUUUGAAUGUGGCAGUAGUAGGAUCUAAAGUAGUAGGACAUUUUUUCUGUCUGGUGCUUUAGCAUUUAAGCGAGCAAGAGAGAAAGAGAACUGGAGGUUUUCAGUGAAUUUUGGUAAAACACAAGGCUUAUUUGAAUUUCCUGCCGCACAUGAAAAUGAUGUGAUGAAAUGAAGAUACCACAUCUGUAUAGAGAAAAGAUCAUCCCUAAUGCUUUGUUUACAUCCACCAGAUGGACCGGAUAAAUCCAAUACAUACUGAAACCCAAUCAAUGACAAAUGAAUUUAACAACCCCCCUCAGUGCGUUGGUGUUUACCCUGCAAACACAUUUUAUCUGCUUAGGCAACAUUCUUAACGAGGCUAUUAAAUGUGCAAUUGCACACAUAUGUACUCUUGAAUUCUUAAUCAUGUUAGGCCUAUACUGAUGCAAGUCAAGCAGAACACCUCAAAGAGUCAAACAAUUACACACAUUUAAAGGUUGUAAUGAUGAGCCCAGUGGCCUACCAAACUCUUCACACCACUGCCCUCAUUUAAAGAGGCUACAGAGGCUGCUGGUAUUGCGAGGUCAUUAACAGCCCCUUGUAAACAGACAAUAUUGCAACCGCCUCUUUAGCCACAUACUUUAGCCAUGUACCACAUUUAGCAACAAAAAAAAUAUAACGGUAGUCCCUUGUUGAAGUACGCUACAGAUGUCGGAUCUUAACUUGAUCACUCUUUUGUCACAGAGAAUUUUCCUGAUGCAUCAGGAAAUUGAAAUGAGCCUUGUGAUUCUCUGAAAAUGAGCAGUUCUCUUUCUCUCCAUGUGGGGGCAGUCGAGUCAUUGGGAUCAUGGCUUGCUAUCAAAAUAAUAUUCUCUCUCGCUCACUCAAACGGUAGGCCUAGGUCCUAUUAGUACAACAUUCAAAUGUACAGAAAUGUAUCUGAAAUGCAGCCAUACACAUCAACAACCAUCGUUUUAUAUAGCUUAAUGACACAAGCUAGAUAUUGGUCUCCACUAGGCUACGACAUACAAGUGUCAUGUGUAUCCUAAGGUUACGAUUGAACUGUCAACACUUAGUUCAAUAGUGGCCUGGGGUGGUCUAGUGGUUAGGGCCACUGCCUUCAGCGCCCACAUAUAGGUCUAUAAUGUCGGCGUGGGUUUGAUUCCGGCCCACGCCCUUCUGGCACAGAUAACUGGUCCUGUGUGGCUCAGUUGGUAGAGCAUGGCGGUUGCAACACCAAGGUUGUGGAUUUUAUUUCCACGGGGGAACAGUAUGAAAAUGUACGCACUCACUACUGUAAGUCGCUCUGGAUAAGAAUGUCUGCAAAAUUACGUAAAUGUAACUUUUCCGGAGCUUCCCGAAGCUUCUGUGCAUGUGCGGAUCACGUUCUGCGAGGCAGCAUACAUCAAUAGUAACAACUAACUAUGAAGAACAAUAUACAAAUGCACACCAUCCCACAAGCCCAGAGAUAUGAGUCCAGCUGUUAUUGUGCAGGACAGAGAUGAGCUUGCUGCUCUCUCUGUGACUACUUGAAGGAGGCUGAGAGGGGGGGGGGGGGGACAGGAAUUGGGAACUGUGACCCAAGAUGACAUCUUGUGAUUGGCUGACCCCACUGUGUAAUAAGGUCCCUAGCAACCAUGAACCCUAGCCUGCUAGGCUCCAGAGGGGGAGGGGAGCCUACUGCAGGAUUAGAAAGUUGCAGAGUUUGUGUCCUUGAGAAAGGGCUGUGAGAAUGAGAUGGUGUGCUAAGAGUCACCGGCAGGGAAUUCGUAACAGCCACCCCUAAAUAUGUGUAGCAUAUUUACCAUGACAAAGAAUUCCACUUGCUGGAAUGACAGGAGAGAGUCCGGUAGUGGGGCAGAGUCUGCGACUCCAUGUGGCCACCCUGUCAACAGCAAGACAGGGGGCAGAGGUGUCCAUAAGGAUGGCACUUGAAGGCAGGGCUAGUCCACGGUGCCCAGGCAGGUGUUGGGGGAGGCUCUCCAACAGCCACGGGGCCGUUCAGACCGGCUCAAUGAGAAUGAUGAGGUGGGGGAAGUCUGAGCCUAUGAGGAGGCCAGGGUGCACCCUGUCAAAGGCCCGGAGUCGUAGCCCCCUGAGAUACCCAUAGCACGUUUUCAGAGUGGCGACAGGGCAUGAUUGUUCAGCCAGGUUGAGCUGGCUGGCUGUGAAGGUCCCCUGGAAGUUGUUGACGGGGUGGCCACAUGGAGUGGCUGACUCUGCCCUACUACCUGACUCACUCCUGUCAUUCUGGCAGGUGGAAUUCUUUGUCAUGGUAAAUAUGCUACACAUAUUUAGGGGUGCUUGUUAUGAAUUCCCUGUCGGUGACUAUGAUUUUCAGUUCUUUAUCCCUAGAAUUAGUCCACUGCACCACCAGGAUGGAGCUAGCAUGCUAUGUUUUUUUAAAGCAUAUGAAGCUGUUCAUUGUAGUCUAAUCAAACAGACCCCAUUUCAAAGGAAACAAGCACUCAUUAAAAUCAGGUGUGGCCAAUUAGUGGGUGCGGCCAACACACCUGAACACACUUAACAAGAUAGAGGAUAGAGAGAGUUUUGUUGAUGCUAAAAAUUAAAUGUUUUUAAAUAACAUUCUUAGAACAUUUCUGAACAUUACAAAAGUUUUCUUGUGGUUUUUAUGGAAAGUUUUCUUCAUGAAGAGAAUAUUUGUAUUUCUCCCCCAAAAAAAUCAUCUGUAAUAAACAUGUAUAUUGUCUUUUUUUUCAAAGUGCUCUGAACGUUCUGACACCAUUGUUAAAAGAUUCCCAGAAUGUUGUAAAAAUAUGACAUUAAAUAGAACCACAUGGUAAAUUGUGUGGAAUGUUCAGUGGAAGUACUGAAAUUCCCGCAGAAGAACGUUGUUUCUUAAAGUUCUAAGAAGAAUUUGAGAAUAUUACUUUAAAUAUAACCAUGAGGAAACCUGUAGGCAGAGUUAUGCUGAAGUACUGACAUUGGCACAGAAUAACAUUGUUUCUUAACAUUCUCUAAACUAUUUGAGAACAUUCCCAACGUCAAACCAGUUGGAGAAUGUUCCUAGAACAUUACCAAAAUUGAAAUUAUACUGAACAAAAAAUGAAACGCAACAUGUAAAGUGUUGGUCCCAUGUUUCAUGAGCUGAAAUAAAAGAUCCCAGAAAUGUUCUAUACGCACAAAAAAUCUUACUUAUCUCAAAUUUAGUGCACAAAUUUGUUUACAUCCCUGUUAGUGAGCAUUUCUCCUUUGCCAAGAUAAUCCAUCCACCUGACAGGUGUGGCAUAUCAAGAGGCUGAUUAAACAGUUUGAUCAUUACACAGGUGCACCUUGUGCUGGAGCCAAUAAAAGGCACUGUAAAAUGUGCAGUUUUAUCACACAACACAAUGCCACAGAUGUCUCAAGUUUUGAGGGAGCAUGCACUUGGCAUGCUGACUGCAGGAAUGUCCACCAGAGCUGUUGCCAGAGAAUUGAAUGUUAAUUUUUCUACCAUAAGCUGCCUCCAACAUCGUUUUAGAGAAACCGGCCUCACAACCGCAGACCACGUUUUAACCACUCCAGCACAGGACCUCCACAUCCGGCUUCUUCACUUGAGGGAUCAUCUGAGACCAGCCACCUGGAUAGCUGAUGAAACUGAGAAGUACUUCUGUCUGUAUUAAAGACCUUUUGUGGGGAAAACUCAUUCUGAUUGGCUGGGCCUGGCUCCCCAGUGGGUGGACCUGGCUCCCAAGUGCCCACUUUGUCAGGGGCGCAAAAUAUUUUGCUUGUCCAUUCCCAGCGUGUCUCUCCAGGGUGCUGUUGGAGAGACUAAUCGCUGCGGCGUCCACCAACGUUCCGUCAAAAAAAUCCUCUAACAUAAAUCAUGUAGCUGAUAGGAUAUGGUAGAAAGAGUUUGUGGCCUUUUCUGUAGCCUACAGGCUGAAGAUAAAAUAUAUGCAAUGUAAUGAGAUAGACACUUUUUACAUCAUGCAGGUUUCUCCGAUCAAAUAGCCUAAAUAAACCUAAAUGGCGCUCAAUCCCCCCCAAAAAAGUGCUGUUAUGUUAACAAACAACAUAUCCUAAAAACAGGACAGGUCAAAGUAAAAUGGAAAAUAUGGAAUGGACAAUCACAACUGUUGUCCAGGAGUUUCGCCCCAUUGUUAUGAUCAGUGGUUUCAAGUUUGUAUCCGUACAUUUUUGACAAGCUGAUCAUAGCGAAAAAUAAAAUACUUUUUUUGUUUUACAAAUUGUGGGCCUACCACAUGGAUGGGCAUUCAUAAAAUUCCAUUGUGGGCGACAUGGUAGGCUACACCCCAGUAAGCAUGAGCCAACGUCUUUGGACCGGACAUUUUUUGUGGGGUGUUUUACAAAUGUUAGGAUUCCACAUAGAUGGGCAUUCAUAGAUGGGCACGGCGAUGCCUUUUGGACGUCUUUUUUUUGUGCAGUCUUGACCGGCCUUGAUUUCCACAUCCACGGACAUUGGUUUUUGAUCCGGUCCGGACCAAAUCUAACCAAUCAUAGACAUCUAUGUUUGGUUCAGAUUUUGUCCGGUCUGGACCAGCCUUGAUUUGGCCCAAACAUAAACGUCUAUAAAUUACUUAUUUUCAACUUUCAUUCAGAACCAAAAAUGAGCCUGAUUUCUACAUCUGGAAAAUACAUAUUUCCAACGUCUGGAAAAUACGUAUUUUCAACAUCCGGAAAAUAAGUAUUUUCACCUUUCAUUCAGAACCUAAAUUGAAGCUAACUUCAACGUCUGGAAAAUACGUAUUUUAGAUGUCUUUUCAAUGUAGUUUUGUGGGGGUGGCUUUUUAUUUGGUCUCACCUAGGGCGGCAGAAUGGCAAGGACCAGCCCUGCUCCCAACCUUCAAUAUCAGGGCGGACCCUAACCACACGGCCACUGAGUUGGUUAUGGAUAUUGUGUACUGUACUGACCCUGGAUUCCAAAUACACAAUGCACACAUAACACUGAGGAAAAUAAAGGGAUGGCAUACAGGAUGGAUUUAUUUCAUAAGGUUGGGAUUAGAGUACAUAGACGUUGUGUACUGUACUCUAAUCCCAACCUAAUGAAAAACACCCCCACCCUGUAUGACAGUCCCCUUUAUUUUUUAUAGUCCAGGAUCUAAUAUUGUCUUGGGGAACGUCUGAAAUGCAAUGUUUGUGUUUUAAAGGCAAAGUUGAUAUGUCAUUUGAUACAGCAGCAGUAUGUGUCCAAGACAAUUUCCCCUUCAAGUAAAAUAUAAUGUUAACUCACCCCCCCCCCCCCCCCCCCCCCCCCCCCCCCCCCCUUAGAACCUGGCAGAGAUCCAGACCUACGUGAACAUCCUGCACCAGAUCAACCAGACAAUAACCCUGGUGCCCAACGUGGCCGUGGGCAUCUCUGAGGUAAGGUCACCAGGCAUCUUUCUGUGUCCAGGGGAACCAGCUGAGUCAGACCAGGUGUGUCAGACCAGGGGUGUCAGACCAGAUAACAAUAGAGCCGCAAGGACGCCCAGUGGAAUCAGCUACGUGUGCUGAACUUUGUGGAUAACCAUGUGUCUGUGACUGGAAAAUGUGUUGUGAUGUGUUCAAAUGUGUUAAUGUGUACUGACAUUUCUGUGAAGUGCGACUGCCGUUUAUAAUAAGCUUCUGUUUGUUAAUAUGACAGUUCAUCCCAGCUCUGUGUGUCAUGUUGUCCCUCUACAGAAAUGAUGUUGAUGCUGUCAGUCUGUAAGCUGUUUGCUUGUCUGUCUAUGAAGUUGCAAGUAAAGCACUGUAAUCUAAUACAAAACAUACUCUUUCCAUGACAGACUGACUAGGUGAAUCCAAGUGAAAGCUAUGAUCCCUUAUUGAUGUCACUUGUUAAAUCCACUUUAAUCAGUGUAGAUGAAGGGGAGGAGACAGGUUAAAGAUGGAUUUUUAAGCCUUGAGACAAUUGCAACUCAAUAUUAGGAAGUUCGUAAUGUUAGGCAUACUCAGUGUACAUGUACCUGUCUAGUUGUUCAGUGUGUAUUAUAACUGGUGAGUGGUCCCUUUGUGUGAUCACUAUGUGUUAUAACUCGCCUGUCUUGUCUCUGUGUGAUCAUUGUGUAUUGUAACUGGCUCUGUGUGAAGGAGCAGGAGAAGCAGCUGGCCCAGAGGAGAGUUCCAGCCCUGCAGAGUCAGCUGGAGGAGUACAAGAGCGCCCUCUGCCUGCUCCAGGCACAGAAGCAGCAUCUGCAGACCGAGGUAGGUCCCUGUCUCCAUCACUAUGAUGACUUAGUGACCAUCUCAUGCUCAAGUGUUUGAAAGUGUCACAUUCCAAAUCAACCCCUAGGCCCUACUCCCUAUGCAUAUUAGUGAGGAUGGGAGAUGAGGUAGCCACUUGACUUGAGGUAGACAGUUUAUAUGUACGCAUGGAGUACAGUACAUACAUUGGUUGUAGUUGCACAGGGGCGCCAGUAGGUGCCAGUCAUCACCUUUAGAUUAGUGAGUAAAGAUGAUACAAGCAACAGAGAAGCAGGAAAAUACAGGUGUAUCUCUUAGAAAAAUACUAGUAAAAACUAAAAGACAUAGAAGUAAAAUUGUGUGAAUAUAAUUGUAGGAAAUCUGAAUAUUUUACUGAAAUAAUUAUCAUAUAUUUCUCUAAAAACUCUAAAGGUUCCAUUUUCAUUCAGAGACAGGUUGCCAUGAAAGGUUGAAUACAUGGGUUGAACAAAGUAUGUAGUACUACAUUUGUCACCACAACAUCCCCAGAGAGUACAGUCGUCAUGAUGUUCUGAUUUAUUUAGUAUUUUUAUAGCCAGACAGCUGGCACGUUAGCGUAGUUUGAUGACCACGGUAAUCCUUUAACUGAAGUUUAUUCACGUUCAGAUGCAGGAAUGACAACGAUUGCAUAAAUAAGAGUUAGGCAAAAAAUUAAGUUUAACUUUUCUAUAUGACAUCCAUUCUUUUUUUUAUAAGCAGGUUACAGUAGCAUACCAUAUUAUAAAAUGUUUCCCACAUUUAUAUUGAAAUGCUAAUCAGAUUCUCUCUCUCUCUCUCUCUCUCUCUCUCUCUCUCUCUCUCUCUCUCUCUCUCUCUCUCUGUGUGUGUGUCAGACGUCAGUGUUGGAGAAUUCCAUCAAGAGCACCCAGGAGAGCUAUGACGAUGAGAUCCAGCUGUACAACGAGCAAAUUGAGUCUCUGAGGAAGGACAUCGAGGAGGCCGAGAGGUCCCUGGAGAAAUACACCAACGAGUGCCGCCACCUGGCCAUGUACCAGAUCUCCCUGGAGAAUGAGCUGGAGAGGUACAAGAGGAUCAUCGAGAACGAGGACAACAGGUAAUUACUAACCACAACACACAGUGACCAGUGUCCUGCUACUGGACAUUAGGAAGCGCUUCAAUGUAUUGACGCUGCGAAAUCCUGUAGGAGAAUAUAUCAGCCACUUGAUGGCAGUGUUGGAUAUUAUAUUUACAUUGACAUUUGAGUCAUUUAGCAUAUUUGUGUGUUUUCCACCUCAGAUUUGUUAAAUGAUGGUUGAAUAUCUCUUCAGAGGGUUAUUUAUUUUUAAUAUAAUAUUUAAUCCCCUUUAAUAUGGCCUAAUCCUUCUUUUGUUUACUUUAUCAACACAUAUUUUAAAUUCAGUCCCACAAUGCGAAAAUGGGAAAGUCAUUAGAAAAAGGACAAAGGAAUUUUCCUCUUAUAAUUAUUAGUAUAGUGUUUAGUACUAACACAUGCAAAUUCACUAUCACAUGCUGCUGCUGUGGUGGUGACCUAACUGAUGUUUCUUCGUCAUUCUCUUCCACAGGUUGAAUUCAGCGAUAAUUGGGACUCCCAUUACCUUGUUCACCACCAAUUACCGCUUUACCCACACACCCACCGUGUCGAGCAGAGGCAGAGGUGAGGACAUGCCACAUCUCGUUCCACAGCUUCUUCACACUGAUAGUCUCCAUACAUACAGAGCAGACACGUAACAGCUCAUCGUCAUCAUAGGCUAUAACCACACUAGCUAGAGCCCUAAUGAAUACAGCCACACAGUCAUGUGAUUCCCACCCACUCAGAGACAAAGACAUUAGAACAACAAACAAUAGAUCUUCCUGAGAUCUAUUCAUGGCAGAUAAUGGUGAUCAUGGUUAGGAUGAUCUAUGUCCUGCGGGAGUCCUCUCCCCGUUCUAUAAUGUGUUUAGAAUGUUUAAAGAGUGUUUUGUCUUAUAUAAGGUGUUUAUUUUGUUUAUCUGCCAGACAUCACCCAAGCCAUCCAGGACAUCAGCAGUGUCAAGCCUCGCCAGAAGAACCUGGCCAAGAAGGUCCUGAAGAAGAAGGAGAUCAGCCCCAAAGACGUGAUGGACAGCAGCCAGGAUGAAAGAGUUGUUGGAGCUGAACAAAUGGAGGAUGAGAAGCGAGGGAUGGCGGAGGAGGAGGACGAGGUGAAUAGAGAGGAGCAGAAGUCCCAGUACACGGGCGUGUCCCCCCAGGACGUCCCAGACGGGGCUCAGAUCAGCAAGGCCUUCGACACGCUCUGUAACAUCGUCAGAGACCGUAUGAGGAAGUAUAAGAAGCCCGAGCCAAUCGCUGACUUCUACACUAAGGGGCGCUAUGUGCUGGUGACGGGCGACGGCAGCUACCCCCACCCCCAUUUCUACACCUCCAGCCCCUCCGCCGGACACGUCUUCGUCACCAUCUGCGACGGCAUGGUCUCCCCUUAUGACCCCUUCAGUCCAUACACCCCCUCCCCUGACCCCCCUCAUCCACAGCCCAUGCCACCCCCUGGCCCCCGUAUCCCCACCCCACCUUCCGACGGAGAGGGAGGCAAGGGUGACGAUAAAGGCGGAAAAGGUGGUGGGAAGGGGAAAUCUAGGGGCGUAGACCCUACUCCCCCCCCACAGCCCAACCCUGCUCCAGCUCCAGCUCCAGCUCCAGCUCCAGGCCCUGACCCCAAAGACCCCAAAUGCCCCAGCAAUCCCUCCGGACCCAAGGGGGGUAAAGAUGACAGUCGCCGCAGGGGCCCUCCUCCCAUGCCCUCCCCCCGCGGCGCUAGCAGCAUGCCGCCUGACUCCAUGAGCUACGAGAAGGUGGAGAUGGUGGAGUCAGUGGAAAAGUUCUCCAACGACCGCAAGACCAAGGGCUAUGAGGAGACGGCCAUGGUGGUGGAGACCAUGAUUGAGAAGACCAGCAAGAAGAAGCACUGAGUCUGAGAUAAGAUUGACCUCGACCAAAAGAGCUGGACAGACUCCUCACAAGUUCCGCCUCACCUUAUGCUAGCAAGAAAAAACACUGAGUACAAUAUGAGACUCUGCUAAAGACAUUCUAAAGACACUGUUCCACCGUGAAUGAGACUAACCGCUAAGAGCCAGUCCUCACGUAGGAGACUGCUAAAGACUCCUUCAACAUUCCUGAUACUGCUCCUCCAUUCACUCAUGCUAUCUGGCUUUGUGUUCAGCAAGAGUUAGCUGGUUCCAUAAUGCUGCUGUUGUUGUUUCUACCUACGCCGAUACAUUAUGCCUUUAAUGUUUGAAAACUCAAAGUACGAACAGCCCCCCCCCCCCCCCAAAAAAAAGAAAUACAAACAUGACUGAUGUGUGAAAAAAAAGUAUACAAUUGCCAUUUAUACAUUGAUUACAUGCUACUGCCCUCAUGGAUGUUUGCCACCCUUCCAAAUCAAACCUUGCCCCAAACUUCCACCCAAUACUUAAUUUGUUCAAUUGGAUGCCAUUGACUGCCCUCAACACAGUCUUGCUGUGUAUAAAACUGCUUUAAUAAUAAAAAAGAAUCACAUUUCAAAAGCGCAAAGCUCUACUGUCUUUGUGUUUCAAUGUUAAGACCGCUGUUAUGACACACUGUUGCUUUACAAACGAACAUCCCCAGUCCUUCUCAUUAUCUCAUUUCAUUCCAAAAAAUAUUAAAUUAUUCAUAUUACACUACCGGUCAAAAGUUUUAGAACACCUACUCAUUCAAGGGUUUUUCUUAAUUUUUUGUAUUUUCAACAUUGUACAAUAAUAGUGAAGACAUCAAAACUAUGAAAUAACACACAUGUAGUAACCAAAAAAGUGUUAAACAAAUCAAAAUAUAUUUUCUAUUUGAGAUUCUUCAAAUAGACACCCUUUGCCUUGAGGACAGCUUUGCACACUCUUGGCAUUCUCUCAACCAGCUUCAUGGAAUGCAUUUCAAUUAACAGGUGUGCCUUCUUAAAAGUAAAUUUGUGGAAUUUCUUUCCUUCUUAAUACGUUUGAGCCAAUCAGUUGUGUUGUGACAAGGUAGGGGGGGUAUACAGAAGAUAGCCCUAUUUGGUAAAAGACCAAGUCCAUAUUAUGGCAAGAACAGCUCAAAUAAGCAAAGAGAAACGACAUGAAGGUCAGUCAAUACGGAACAUUUCAAGAACUUUGAAAGUUUCUUCAACUGCAGUCGCAAAAAACAUCAAGUACUAUGAUGAAACUGGCUCUCAUGAGGACCGGCACAGGAAAGGAAGUCCCCGAGUUACCUCUGCUGCAGAGGAUAAGUUCAUUAGAGUUACCAGCCUCAGAAAUUGCAGCCCAAAUAAAUGCUUCACAGAGUUCAAGUAACAGACACAUCUCAACAUCAACUGUUCAGAGCAGACUGUGUGAAUCAGGCCUUCAUGGUCGAAUUGCUGCAAAGAAACCGCUACUAAAGGACACCAAUAAGAAGAAGAGACUUGCUUGGGCCAAAAAACAAUAGCAAUGGACAUUAGACCGGUGGAAAUGUGUCCUUUGGUCUGGAGUCCAAAUUGGAGAUUUUUGGUUCCAACCGCUGUGUCUUGUUGAGACGCGGUGUGGGUGAACGGAUGAUCUCUGCAUGUGUAUUUCCCACUGUAAAGCAUGGAGGAGGAGAUGUUAUGGUGUAGGGUUGCUUUGCUUGUGACACUGUCUGUGAUUUAUUUAGAACACACUUAACCAACAUGGCUACCACAGCAUUCUGCAGCGAUAUGCCAUCUCAUCUGGUUUGGACUUAGUGGGACUAUCAUUUGUUUUUCAACAGGACAAUGGCCCAACACACCUCCAGGCUGUGUAAGGGCUAUUUUACCAAGAAGGUGAGUGAUGGAGUGCUGCAUCAGAUGACCUGGCCUCCACAAUCCCCUGACCUCAACCAAAUUCAGAUGGUUUGGGAUGAGUCAGACUGAUGAGUGAAGGAAAAGCAGCCAACAAGUGCUCAGCAUUUGUGGGAACUCCUUCAAGACUGUUGUAAAAGCAUUCCAGGUGAAGCUGGUUGAGAGAAUGCCAAGAGUGUGCAAAGCCGUCAUCAAGGCAAAGGGUGGCUAUUUGAAGAAUCUCAAAUAUAAAAUAUAUUUUGAUUUGUUUAACACUUUUUGGUUACUAGAUGAUUCCGUAUAUGUUAUUCCAUAGUUGUGAUGUCUUCACUAUUAUUCUACAAUGUAGAAAAUAGUAAAAAUAAAGAAAACCCUUGAAUGAGUAGGUGUUCUAAAACUUUUGACCGGUAGUGUAUAUUCUUUGAAUAAUAACAGCUGAUGUUUCAUAUUUGUACUUUCUAUGUACUGUAUGCAGUUUAAGCACACUUUACUUAAUUUAUAAAGAGGAUAGAAGGGUAGAGGCGAUGGAUGCCUCGUUUUUUAACUGAUCACCUUGUUUGACUUAGAUACUAGAGGAAUAUUAAUUGCACCAGUGAUGACACUAGACUAAGUAAGCUAGUGCAGUGUUUAGGAAACUUCGGGAGUCUCUCAGCCCGGAGUGAAAGGUGUUACUUUGAACUCUGCAGCUACUGAAGGAAAGACAUAAAUGUUUCAUUGAGGUGAUCUGGAGGAGCAGACAGCGACCUCUGAACUCUGCAUAAUCCACUCUCCCUUAGAGGGACAGACAAGAGAGAGAGAAAAAGAGAAUGAUAGAG